AUGUCGCCAGAAGAAAAGGAUGGAAUGGAGCAGCAGCAGCAGCAACAACAACAAGAGCCCAAUAAAUCAAUGUUAGAUUUGCCUGCGAAUGCGACAUCUAUUCGUGAAAAUAUUUCAGAUGGGUUUUCGUGCAAGAAUAAAAGCAACGGAUAUUAUGCCGAUCCGGAAAAUGAUUGUCAAAUUUUUCACGUAUGCCACAACGUGGACUACGGCAUGACGCGUCGAGGCAGAAAAAUGAUGGUUUACCGUUGGAGCUUCAUUUGUCCCGAAGAUACGGUGUUCGAUCAGAAUCAAUACACAUGUGUUCGCACGACAGAUUCAUCAAUUGAGUGUGCCGAUUCCCCCCAAUAUUACCCCGAGCCAGAUGCGUCACAAGAGGAAAACCAAAUGGAAUCGUCGUCACGUUCUCCCAUGCCUGCCAACCAACCAGCAACCUCGACAAGUAAAACGCUCCUUUCGCCUCCGCAAUUCCCAUACAACGGCAACGCUUACGAACAUCAGAAAAUUUUACAAAAAAUUCCGGCAGUUUUGGUACAACAAGCGAUUGAUGGAUUGAAUGACGAAACACGACUAAACGAAAAUCUGUCGGAAGACAAUCAGGCAGUCGUCGAGCAGUCGAACGAGCGCGUUGCAAAGCAACAACUGGGCCGAAAGACGUUCUUAUUCAAAGCAGAUGCUGAUGCGGCAAAAAAUGAACAGUUGACUGAAAGAUAA